GAUUGAUUGAUUGAUUGAUUGAUAGUUUAUUGUUGCAGGUAAACAACAAGGGAGAAGGGAGGAACAUGCCAUCCCAACCCCCAGGCAGGACAGAGUGUGAUUAUACAACUAUUAAUACAUGUGUAGGUAGCACCAUGAAAUUAAAAAGAUACAAUGGUAGGAAGGAAAGCACAACAAGGGAGGGGGCGGUACCUCCCCCUGGACAAUAAGACAAUAAAAUGUGGGGACGGAGAACAUUGCCCAAGCACUAGAUGGGAAUGAAUACAGAGAUAGAGUAAAUACUAGUCCUUAAAGUAAAAUACUGCAGAGAUCACAGCCUUGUAUAGCACGGCAGUAGUUCAGGCUGCCACACGAUUGAUUGAUAGUUUAUUGUUGCAGGUAAACAACAAGGGAGAAGGGAGUGUGAUGGAGAACAAAACAUACAGAAAGUCGGUGUUCAAGUACUCGGGGCAAGAUGUCAUUACCUACAUCAUGCUCUUCAAGAACUCUUUCACCGCCUCAAUCACUCGUCCAUUCGUUUCUCCACUCAGCCCCAGCAGACUCCCUUCCAGUCCUCCCAUUCCCUUCACGUCCCAGCUCACUCAGAAACACCUGCAUCAUCUUCGUUCUCUCUCUGUCAUACUUCUUACAUUCCACCACAUGCUGUACAGUCUCGUCCACACCCCUGUCACACAUCUGGCACACUUUGCUGCGGGACUCAGACCAUCUAUAAUAAUGCGCUGGGCAUUGGUCCAUUACAAAUAUUUUCAAGGAAAUUGAUUAAAUCAUAAAAUUUCUUUAUAUUCUAUUAUAAAACCCUGUUUUUUUGUGUGUGUGCAUAACAACAGCAGGACUUUAUUUUUUGCUGUUGCAAAGACGGAUUCCCACCUCCUUGCAUUACCAAAACCCCAAACAAGAGCCAGCCCAAGAAGAAGAAGACCUAUUAAAAAAAAGCGAUACAAAGUGUUACACGUCAAAAGAAGAAAAAGAAAAAGCAGACAGGGCCUUUCGGCACAGCUUUGCCACACAGCAAGCAGGAGGGGAGCGCUGAGUCGCUGUGGCACUGUAGCAGGUUGCAGCGUGACGGCUUGGCAGGAUACUGAUAGAGGGCAGAGUAGCAGGAUGCCGCUGAUAAAGUUCACCCAAGUGCUGUCCUACUCUAGUGAAGAUCCUAACCAUCCUGCAGAUAACCUGUUGCGUUCAGACACAUUCAGAAAGUGGAAAUGUACUCCAAAUAAUUCAGAAAAGCAAUCCUUUGUCAUCUUGAAGUUUGAGAAACUGUCAUCUAUCAACUCUCUUGAUAUUGGCAAUGAUGGUUCAGCCCUCAUUGAAGUGUUGGUGAGCAGGGAAGGAAUGAAUGAUUUCCAACUGUUGCUUGUUUCUUCUGCUUUCAUGAGCCCAACAGAGUCAAGGAAUGGCACAGACCUUCACCGGGUGCGCAUGUUUGGGCUGGACAAACUGAACAAAAAUGUUGCUGAACAAAAGUGGGACAGACUGAAGGUGAUCUGCACUCAACCAUUCAACCCUAAGAUGCAGUACGGGCUGUCCUUCAUCACUGCCAGAUCUUUAGAGAGUGAGACACACGAGCCAUCGCCUAAGGUCACCCAGCUUGGAAACUUCAAGCUCAAGAUGACAGAUGAUUCUGAUCCCAUAUCAGUCGGUUCUUUGUUUGCCAAGAGGAAAGAGAAAACUCUAGUGAACGUGACUGGACCAGCAGCAAUCAGAGCAGCUUCUAGAGAAUCAGCUGCUGCCAUUGCAUCUGCAGGAGUUGCUAAAAGAAAGGAUCAACCAUCUGAUAGAGGUUCCAGCCCUAUCAGUAAGAAACCAUUCACAGAGUCAGUAAGAUCACUGGUGGCCAAGGGCCCUCCACCAGGUACCCCCACAGCACAUCAGAGCAAAGAUAGAAAGAAUGAGACUCACAGCAAACCUAACUCAAAGCCUGAGAAAACUGAAGAAAAAAACAAAUCAAAAGAAAAUGGAGGUAGGGAAGAAAGAGUUAAGAAGCCUGACAAAAUAAAGAAUCGAGAAAAGGCUGAUAAACCUUCAACCUCCAGAACUGACACCCAAGAGACAACCAGGAAGAGGAAGUCUAAGCCAUUCACCUCCUUGAUGGAUAAUGUUGUGUUUGUGAUGAGUGGUUACCAGAACCCUGAUCGUUCCACCCUCCGAGACAAGCUGGUAGAGAUGGGGGCUCAGUAUAAAUCUGAUUGGAGUCCUUCCUGCACUCACCUAAUAUGUGCCUUCAGCAACACACCAAAGUAUCGGCAAGUCAAGGGUAAGGGGAAGAUUGUCACCGGCAAAUGGAUCAUGGAUUGUUAUAAGAGUAAAAUCAGAUAUCCAUGGAGAAGGUAUGGACUUGAAAAACAGAAAGGUGGUUCAGAGAGUGAGGAAGAAAUCUGGGCAGAAGAAAUUAUGCCAAAAGUGUCAAAACCUGCUCCCACAGCAGCCACUCCUACGGAGCCUUCAGAUAACUCUGAUAAUGAAGAUCGUUUCAGUGACAAUGAAGACACUGAUGAUGAAAUCCAGAGGGUCCUUAAUAGGCAACAAAAUACUGCAAAAGGCAGUGAAGCAAACCCUAGAAAAAAUUAUGAAAACAGUGACAGAACCAAAGGCACCAGAGAAUCUGGAAGAGAUUCUCAUCCAGAGAACAUCAGCAAUUCUUUGACAUCUAAUGGUGUGAAAGACAAUAGUGAUGAUGAAGUCUAUGAAGAUGACACAGAUAUAGAUGAGGAGCUUCCAGACACUUCUUUCCUGCCAUUACCAGUACUUCAGGAUUAUUUCCAGAACAAGUAUUUCUUCUUGUAUGGUAACAUGGCAGAGGAGAAAAGGACUCUCUUAUACCGCUAUAUAACUGCUUUCAAUGGAAAAAUUGAAGAUUAUAUGAGUGAGAAAGUUCAGUUUGUCAUCAGUGAGAGCAAAUGGGAUGAACAGUUUGAAGAGGCUUUAAAUGAUAACCCAGCACUUCAGUUUGUCAAAGCUCAAUGGAUCUGGCAGUGUUGUGAUAAAAAGAAACUUGUUCCUCACCAGCCAUACCUGAUAGUACCUUAAGUAACAGCAAUCACAUGCUGGUGUUUUAUGUAAAGUACAAAUAUACAGUGUAUGUUAAAAAUAGCAAGAUGAGCUUUACAGAAUCCACUCAAGUAAAAAAUAUAUAUGUAAUAUUUUUACAUGGUUACCUUGAUGAUACUUUUAGCAUUCACUAGUAAGGGUAUUAACAAAAAAAAUCAAGUACACCAUUUCAGUGAACAAUACAGGGAUUAUAUAAGUUUCUCAGAAACACAUGAAGGUAAAACUGCAUUGUAUUAAAACAUCAAUAGAGGAAACAUGGUUUCUCAACAUUCUUUUAUCUCUACUCAACAAUGUGAAGAAUCUGAUAUAUAAAGACUUGGCCUAAAGCUGCAUUUUGUAUAUGAAUUUAAGUAAACUAGUGAACAGUAAAGGUAAGUGCAGUAAACUAACCAAGCAUGCUAUCAAUCAUAAUUUUGAUCAUAAUCAUAAUUUUGUGACUUGUAAACUUCAGGACUGGGAUAUACCAAGGGCUGAGCAAAAAAGAAAGUGCUGUCAUUGAUCAAAUAAUCAGUGGACAACAGAACGAGCCUAGACUAUGUCCCUCAGGGCAGCAAAGACAUAUAAAUUUUAAGUAUUGGUAGAUAUUUUUUCACUGGAGCAUUUUACAAACAUACUCCACCACCUCAGACAUGGCCAAAAUUUCUUCACUUCAUACUUAUUUUACCCGAAUUUCAUUACCUUAGUAUUUAAGUUAAACAGAUGAGAGCUAAAGAGUCAGUUGUCAGCAGGACUGCCAUGGAACUGGGGCUCUGCAUGUACUGCACUCAGUUAAUAUUACCCUCACUCAAGGGUUUCGAGUCCUAUGUUUUUUGUCCAGUCAUGAAAUCUUGCCACAGUCAUCACUUUAUAAAUUUACAUAGCAUAUACUGAAAUCAGCAAACUGUCAGUAAAGAAAAUUUGGCCAACAGAACCCUUGACCAGAGGAGACUGCCAAAAAAUUAUAUGAAGAUAUUUUUUUUUAAUAUUUUUAAUAUAAACUUUAGGGUAUCAUCUGGUGGAAAGAAAACCAUCUCCAUCUUUGAGUAGCCUUAUUCAUAAGGUUGUGUAUGUGGGUGGGAGAAGGCAGUGAGGCACAGCAGUUGGCAGGUAACGGGCUGUGGGGAAGGGACGGGGGACGUGGUAUAAGGCGGUUUUGCUGUUAUACAUGUUUUUAACUUAGGUAUAUCUACAUUAAUGUGAUAUCUAUUUAUUAUAUAGAUUUAAAUUUUUGGCUGUUUUUGUUUUUCAUCAAUACAGUAUUGUAUUACACUGGUAGUGGUGGGGACUGGGAAGCAGCAGUGGCAGGGGUGGGGGAGGCCUCACCCCUUUGCUCUCUCCUCUCUGCACAUUUUACUUUUCCCUACUUUCCACUUGGUAUUUUGUGUUCACUAUCACUUCUACAAUUUGAAUGAGCUUAAGGGUUACUGGCAUUUCCUUCAAUAAUGUUUUUACCUACAACAUAAUUUUAGACAUCACAAUUGUAGGAAAGGGAGGGGGUUGUCAGACGGUGGCAAUUAAUUUCUGUUGCCCAUAUUGCCUAUUGGUGUACUGAGGGUGGGGGCAUGGCAGGAUAAGGAGGGUUUCCCUUACACAGUGUUAAGGGUUAUUUUAUGCCUAUUGUGGUGGCAACAUUUGAGACAUUUGAACUAAGCACAGCCCAAGCUGUGACUUGCACUCCACAAGUUAAACCAUCCUACAAUUUUUGUGUGGUUGGUUUAGUAACACAACCACAAGCCAGCCCCUGUUGCUUUUAGCCUUAUUAUGAGUUUCCAGUCUUAACAAGAUGGUGUAUAUGGGAUUAUGUAUAUUGUCAUCAGUGGCAUAUUUUGGGAAACAGUUUUAUUUCAGGUAGUAACAUGGGUAUAAUUUUAGAGAUUUUUCUAGAAAAAUCUACACCUUGGAAGGUACAUCCUCUGCUCUGCUGCAGGUUCACUUUUGUUUCCUGGUAAUUUGAGUUUGUGGUAUAGAUUCACUCACAGCACUACCCACUACUGCAGCUUAACAUGAAAAGAAAUAACACACACACACACACACACACACACACACACACACACACACACACACACACACACACACACACACACACACACACA